AUGUCUUAUGAUCUUCAUGGCCAAUGGGAUUACGGAAAUCAGUAUCCAGACCCUGGAUGCAAGUCAGGAGCCUGUCUUCGAUCUCAUGUCAACCUGACCGAGACGACAAGUGCUUUAUCCAUGAUCACAAAGGCAGGAGUUCCGGGGUCAAAAGUCGUCGUCGGUAUGGCUAGCUACGGUCGUUCAUUCGAGAUGGCUGAAGCAAGCUGCACUGGACCAAAUUGCAAAUAUACAGGCCCAGAUUCUGGUGCCACUCCAGGACGAUGCACCAACACGGCUGGCUACAUUGCCAACGCUGAACUCAAUGAGAUCAUUGAUACCAACGAUUCUGCUGAGAAGAGCUUCGAUAAAGGAAGUGACAGCAACAUCUUGGUAUACAAUAAAACUCAGUGGGUGGCAUACAUGGACGAUACUACCAAGGAUUCUCGUACCUCUUAUUAUAAGGGACUGAAUCUAGGUGGCACAGUUGAUUGGGCAGUUGAUUUACAGUCCUUCACCGGCGAUUCUGCUGGCAGUGGUGGUGGUAGCUCUUUGGAUCAGCAGAUUUUCUAUGUCGAUCCGUCAGUUUGGGAAGAUGACAAACCUGCAAUGAACUGCGAAGCCCCUUGUGUUUUGGUACUUCCGCCAUGGCCUUUGUCUCCAAGUGCUGUUUAUCAUCGUCCAGUUCAUACCACGACUCUUGAUGUGGCUUGGACAACAACUAUCGAUGUGACGGGGACCGAUGGUGAUGUGACACCAACCACCACAAUAACGCGGAUUUUGCAGCAAACUUCCAUUCAAGGACCCGCUGUCACUCUGACGGAAUUGCCUAUGGCGAAUGUCAAUAUCACCGUCCCAAUCAAUGGAACAAGCAAUCUGACUUUUGUACCCAUUCCUCGUCUGCCUGAGCAGGUUGUCACCAUUACAGAUGAUCCAAACCCCCUGUCUCAGAGUGGUGUUACUCAUUCUCCAGUCACUCGAAGUGUGACUUUGCCCCCUUGGCCACACAUCACGAAUCUUUAUGUACCGGACGAUGUUGACGAUGGUAAAGAUACGGAUGAUGACGACGACACAGACGAUGAAAAUACCGGCUCGGACAGUGAUGAUGAUCAAUUUCCCAAAAUCCCUGAAGUCGUUGUGACUCAUGGAAAGGGUGGGUCGAUUCUGUGGCGGCGGUGGCGGCAGCUCGAGCGGGGGGGUUCUUCUUCUCCCAAUCCCGACUUCCCUGAUCCCAUCGACCCUGACCCACCACCAGCCGAUCCAAAUGAUCCCGACGAGACAGAGAACGAUGACCCUGAUGAUGAUGAUGAUGAUGAUGAUGACCACACUACGACUAGCUGUAGUGCAUCCACAGUCACUGAUUUUUGGGUUUCCUGCGCGACCGGUGGGACUUCAUCAGUCUCGUGUACCACAACAAGCAGCAUGGUCGAGGUGGGUUGUGAUAUCACCGCCGUCACUAGCACGACUGGAGUCCCCGUCUGCUAUUCUUUCGACCAAUACGAGGAUCAGGGCCAAGACGGCGCACCGGAUGCAAUGUCAAGUGUUAGCCUUACACCUGUAUCGAACACGGCCACGACUACCAGUGAUUCCAGCUCAACAACCAGCGGAUCUGAUAGCGGAGGCGGCGGAGGAGGCGGCGGCGGCGGCGGGAGCGAUCCUACAUCAACCACUUCUACCUCGACCCCAACAGCCACCGCUGCACUUAUGAUUGCGCUGGGUGAUGAUGCUAGCAGUCUGAAUCCAAACGAGUAA